AUGGCCUGCAGAGACGUGGCUAUGGGGAUCGUCUUAUUGACCCAGACGGCACUGGGAAUUCUGGGGAACUCAGUCUUACUUUCUUGUUUUAUCAUUGCUGAUUUCUCUGGAAUCAGGGCAAAGCCCACAGACCUGAUUGUCAAACACCUAACCUGGGCCAACUUGAUAGUUCUUUGCAAAGGAAUCCCUCAGUCAACAACUGCUUUUAGUCAAAAUUACUAUCUAGAUUAUGUUUCAUGUAAGCUUACCUUAUAUUUUCAUAGAGUUGCCAGAGGAGUAUCCCUUGGCUCCACAUCCCUGCUGAGUGUCUUUCAGGCCAUCACCAUCAGCCCCUCUAAUUCCAAAUUGGCACAGCUCAAGGUCAGAGCCCCCAAGUUCAUUGGUCCUUCCCUAGGCCUGUGCUGGGCCAUCCAACUGUUGGUAUAUGUCUUCAUUCCUGUAUACACAACUGGCAUUUGGGGUUUAAGAAAUGUUACCGUGAUAAGAGAUUUUGGCUUUUGUGUUGUUAUAAAUUCUGGAAGACUAAUGAACACACUUUUAGCAAUUCUAUUGACAUCCAAUGAUGUCAUUUUUUUGGGACUCAUGAUGUUGGCUAGUGGCUAUAUGGUAUAUAUCCUGCUCAAACAUAAGAAGAGGAUGCAACACAUCCUCAAACCCCGGUCUCCUAGGUCAUCAUCUCCUGAGACCAGAGCCACCCAAAGCAUCCUCACCUUAGUGAGCUGUUUUGUUUUUUUCUAUGUAAUCUCUAUUGUGAUUACAUCUUACUUGUCUGUCCUUGAAGAAACCACUAGGUGGCUGUCUAACACUGGUGUAGCCAUGGCUGCGUGUUUCCCAGCAUUUUGCCCCUUUCUGCUGAUCAGACACUAUGCUUCCUUUUUCUGGCUCUGCUGUACCUGUUCUCAUCAGACAACACACUGUGCUUGUGUUUUCAGAGAGCUCUAA